CCAAAACCAACUUGUGUGCGCGAUAUUCGCGUAUUUAUUAGUUUUAUAAACUACUAUUGGCGUUUUAUUACUAAUUUCUCCCGCUUAGCGCUACCUCUUACCGUUUUAACGAAGAAGGCGCCAAAUAGUGCCAGGCAAGGGCCGGCUAUAAGAAGGGAGGAGAGCGUACCCCUAAAUAUAGGAUAG